AUGUGGUGGCUGCUGAGCCAGCUGUGCACCUGCUUCGGUAGGGACAAGCAGGCUUGCCUCCUCCCGGAGGAGGAAUCUGGAGGAGGAAGUGAGUAUGGCUACGCAGUAGCAAAGAACGAACGCUCCCGAAUGGAGGACGCAGUGGACAUCCAGGAGGACGUCGCCGGAUACAGGCUCUUUGCGGCCUACGACGGACAUGCAGGAUGUCAAGCUGUCACGGUGGCAAAGGAGAUAAUCCCAGGAAUUCUGGGAAGGUACCUCCGCGAUGCCGAGGAUGUGGAGGGCGCCGUCAAGGCCGCCUUCAGAGCCGCAGACGAGGAAAUCAUCAAACACCUCGUUGACAAGAACUUGACUCCUCACAUGAAGACAUCUUCGGGCACAGUAGCUUGCCUUGCCUUGGUCAAGGGUGCGGAGAUGUGGAUUGCCAACCUUGGCGAUUGCCGGGCCGUGCUGUCCAAAGAUGGGUCAGCCCUGGCGAUUUCACGUGACCAUGCCCCUGAGAAGAAUGCCGCGGAGGCAGAGCGUUUGCGGCAGCUGGGUGUCAAAGUUGAGGGGGGUUAUGUGGAGGAGCACGUGGCGGUGUCGAGAGCCUUCGGCAACGUGUGCUUCGACACGGGCAGCAAGGUCAAGGGCAUCAGCAACGAGCCCGAGGUAUUUCUUGUUGAGAUCGAUGACACAGUGGACUUCGUCAUCAUCGGCACCGAUGGAAUUUGGGAUGCACUUAAAGAACAGUUUGCUCUGACGCAUGCCCGCAAGGCACUCCGAACCACGGCAAAGCCGGAGGAUGCUGCAGCGGCUAUCCUGCAAAACGCGGGAAAAGUGAGCAAGUCGGACAAUGCUGCCGUGAUCGUGGUUGUGUUCAAGUUUCCUGAGCCGCUGCCGAAGCGGCCUGGGGUGCCAAGAGUUUCCUUGACGCAGUUGCAGGAGACACCUGCGUAG